GGCUCUCUCUCUCUGUCUCUCUCUCUAUCCCUCACUCUCACCCAGACACUCAGUUCAUGUGUGUCUCUUGUGUCUAACAGCAGACAUGUCUACAGGAGGAGUACACCGUGGCUUCCUCAGAAAAUAUGGUGGUUUCAAGCUGUUUAAGCAGUGGAAAGAGCGCUACCUGGUGCUGACAGUAGAAGGCAGUCUGAGGGUGUGUCGCGAUGCAGAGAGUCCUCCUGACCAGGUGGUGGCACUGCAGUGGAACUGUGAGGCCAUCGUAGAGGGCAGGGAGAUCCUGGACCUACCCCGGCUUCCCCCAGGGGGGAGGAGAGACUGCUGCUUCGCCCUCAUCCUGCCCCAGGAAAAGUUCCUGUUGCUACUGGCUGACAGCCCAGAGGACUGCAGUCUCUGGCUGAAGUUGAUCAGGAAAGUGAGAGAGGGUGUGAUGUCAACACUCGUCCUGCAGAGACAGCAGAGUCUGACCCCGAGCCUCACCGCCCACAUCACAGACAGAGACCCCCAACCUGACACUCCCACCGACAGGGACACUGCCUCGCCACGGGCGACAGUGAGCACCUCGACCCCCACCGCCACCCCGACUGGCACCCCGACCGUCACCCCCAUCACCACGCCCUCAGCCUCCCGGGCCGGGUCCUUCAGAGACAACAGCCUGGGGGGUGGCCACAGACAGUCCGUGCGGUCCGUGCGUAGCGUGGCAUCAGUAGCUCCGCCCCACCGCACGUCAGACUGUCUUCGCCACGGUAACAGCAGCGACGCGCGGGCGGUGAGGGCGGUGUGUCUGCUGAUGGGAGGGGCAGCAGCCUCCUCCGCUCUGGGCUACCUCCAGUCCUGCUCUCCCUCGUCCCCUCUGACCUCCAGAGCCUCCGGCCUGCAGGAUCUGGGCCCGCUGGGCCACGGCGGAGGGGCGGGGAGCUUCUCAGAGAUGGGAGGGGGGUCGGGUGGGUCCUUCCAUUGUAGUCAGGACGUAGACAACCCCCCACAAUUCAACAGCUUCGACUUCGAGGGAGGAGACUCCGACUUUGAUGCCUUUGAUUGCGGAGGGUUCGCUUUUUAAAGGGCUUAAAGAAACACAACUGUUAACUGUUGAUAAUAUAUGAUCUGUUUGAAUUACUGUUGUUUACUGUAUAGGAUCUAGAACAGCCUUAGAAAGGUCCUGUCUAUAGUUGUUUGUAAAUGUUAACCUGUACCAUUAGUACCAACCUGUACCAUUAGUACCAACCUGUACCAUUAGUGAAUUGUUUGAUCACAUGUACUUCUUCCUACAUGUUAGUUAAUGAAGCCUACAGUCUUAAUGAUCCUAACGUGAACCCCUCCUUAACCAGGGCUGUCCCACACUGACCACCUCUUUUUCCUUCUAGAAUAGCUCUCUGUUAAGUGUUGUUUGGUCUGGUAACGCCCCUAACCCUGCGUGUUGUCGGUCUGGUAACGCCCCUAACCCUGCAUGUUGUCGGUCUGGUAACGCCCCUAACCCUGCGUGUUGUCGGUCUGGUAACGCCCCUAACCCUGCGUGUUGUCGGUCUGGUAACGCCCCUAACCCAGGGUGAUAUCGGUCUGGUAACGCCCCUAACCCUGCGUGUUGUCGGUCUGGUAACGCCCCUAACCCUGCGUGUUGUCGGUCUGGUAACGCCCCUAACCCUGCGUGUUGUCGGUCAGGUAAUGCCCCUAAUUCUGGGUGAUAUCGGUCUGGUAACGCCCCAAACCCUGGGUGUGUUUGGUCUGGUAACGCCCCUAACCCUGGGUGUGUUUGGUCUGGUAACGCCCCUAACCCUGGGUGUGUUUGGUCUGGUAACACCCCUAACCCUGGGUGAUAUCGGACUGGUAACGCCCCUAACCCAGGGUGAUAUCGGUCUGGUAACGCCCCUAACCCUGGGUGUGUUUGGUCUGGUAACGCCCCUAACCCUGCAUGUUGUCGGUCUGGUAACGCCCCUAACCCUGGGGGUGUUUGGUCUAGUAACGCCCAUAACCCUGGGUGUGUUUGGUCUGGUAACGCCCCUAACCCUGGGUGUGUUUAGUCUGGUAACGCCCCUAACCCUGGGGGUGUUUGGUCUGGUAAUGCCCCUAACCCUGGGGGUGUUUGGUCUGGUAAAGCCCCUAACCCUGGGGGGGUUUGGUCUGGUAACGCCCCUAACCCUGGGUGUGUUUGGUCUGGUAACGCCCCUAACCCUGGGUGUGUUUGGUCUGGUAACCCCCUAACCCUGGGGGUGUUUGGUCUGGUAACGCCCCUAACCCUGGGGGUGUUUGGUCUGGUAACGCCCCUAACCCUGGGGGUGUUUGGUCUGGUAACGCCCCUAACCCUGGGUGUUUUUGGUCUGGUAACGCCCCUAACCCUGGGGGGGUUUGGUCUGGUAACGCCCCUAACCCUGGGUGUGUUUGGUCUGGUAAUGCCCCUAACCCUGGGUGUGUUUGGUCUGGUAACCCCCCUAACCCUGGGGGUGUUUGGUCUGGUAAUGCCCCUAAUCCUGGGGGUGUUUGGUCUGGUAAUGCCCCUAACCCUGGGUGUAUUUGGUCUGGUAACGCCCCUAACCCUGGGUGUGUUUGGUCUGUUAACCCCCCUAACCCUGGGGGUUUUUGGUCUGGUAACACCCCUAACCCUGGGGGUGUUUGGUCUGGUAACGCCCCUAACCCUGGGUGUGUUUGGUCUGGUAACGCCCCUAACCCUGGGUGUGUUUGGUCUGGUAAUGCCCCUAACCCUGGGUGUGUUUGGCCUGGUAACGCCCCUAACCCUGGGUGUGUUUGGUCUGGUAAUGCCCCUAACCCUGGGGGUGUUUGGUCUGGUAACGCCCCUACAGUGUGUGUGGGUGGUGUCUGGGUCAGUGUGUGUGGGUGGUGUCUGGGUCAGUGUGUGUGGUUGGUGUCUGGGUCAGUGUGUGUGGGUGGUGUCUGGGUCAGUGUGUGUGGGUGGUGUUUGGAUCUGCGUGUGGUUGGUGUCUGGGUCAGCGUGUGUGGGUGGUGUUUGGAUCUGCGUGUGGUUGGUGUCUGGGUCAGCGUGUGGUUGGUGUUUGGAUCGGCGUGUGGUUGGUGUCUGGGUCAGUGUGUGGUUGGUGUCUGGGUUAGCGUGUGGUUGGUGUUUGGAUCGGCGUGUGGUUGGUGUCUGGGUCAGUGUGUGUGGGUGGUGUCUGGGUCAGUGUGUGUGGGUGGUGUCUGGGUCAGUGUGUGGGUGGUGUCUGGGUCAGUGUGUGGGUGGUGUCUGGGUCAGUGUGUGUGGGUGGUGUCUGGGUCAGUGUGUGUGGGUGGUGUCUGGGUCAGUGUGUGUGGGUGGUGUCUGGGUCAGUGUGUGUGGGUGGUGUCUGGGUCAGUGUGUGUGGGUAGUGUCUGGGUCGGUGUGUGUGGGUGGUGUCUAGGUCAGUGUGUG